ACUUCCCUUGUUUGAAUGGGUUACCGAAAGUUAUGGCUUAUCCAAAAGCAAACGAUCAACGCAUUCGAUUGAGCAACAUUUACAGAGGAUGCCGAAAAUACUUCGUUAUUCAAAUAUUUAUUGCACUUUCAGUGCUGUACAUUUUUUACAGCAUAAACGGAGGUCUCAUUCCCAAAUUUCUCAUACCUCAUAUGCCUUUCCUGAAUGUGGGUCCAGAUGUCAAUGCCUUGCUGUUUUUUGAUGUAAACAAUGAUGCCAGUAAAAUCUCAUGGGCUCGUGCGACAAAUGACAGAGAGAAGCUGGAGAAUGCAGUUCAUAGUGAUGUGCACAUGAUUGAGGGUGAUGUGAUUCUUCAGGGUCAGGGUACAGAGAGCCAGAAAAUGAUCCCAGUAAUGGCAGAACCUCCUCAAACUGAGAGUGACUUGCUUCUCGUUGACUGGCUUGAUAAAAUCAAGUACAAAACAAACAAGGGCAUCAAACUAGAUUUCUCUAGUAUAGAUGCAGUAGAGAUUUCAUUGCAAAGACUGAAAGAAGCACAUUUCCAGUACCCCAUAAAAUUUCCAGUGUGGAUACAUGCCGAUGUCUUAGAAGGGCCCCAUGGAGGAAAAGUCAGAGUUGAUCCAAGCCGAUUCUUUCAAACGCUGAAAAGAGUCUUUCCUAAGUGCACAGUGUCACUUGGCUGGACAACAGGUACUCACACAGAUCUCAGUCAGAGUGCAUACACCUGGGAUAUGGUAAUGGACAUGUAUGAGCUUGUCAAAAAGUGGCGAAUUGAUGAUCAGCCUAUAGUUUUCCAGGUACGAUUGUCCCUCAUGCACAACUCAGUUCCUCAGCUGAAGUGGCUUUGUGACAAUAUUGCGCACUCUGCCUUGAAUGUGUGGCAUGUGAAGAAAGAUUCAGUUCUCAAUGAUGAUUUGAUGCAUAUUGCAUACCGCUUCCCUCCCCAUGCAGUUUUCUUUGAUCUUAAUCAUGCACAGUAUGAAGCACUACUAUACAAGUAUCGCCAUUUUUCGAAAGAAAAAAUCAGCCAUUAUGUCCAAAAAAGAGAUGAGGUCAUCUUCAGGCCACAGGCAUGGCUUAAAAUGGGGUUCUAUAUUCAGAAAGACUCAAUUUUACCCAGCACAGAGGGUAUUAUUUUAACAUGCCCUAUUGUGUACAUAGUCACUAAAAGUACUUACAGGCCCACCACUGAAGUCUAUAUUCAAGGCCGUGUCCAGUUUCUCAACAGAAAGAACAGAGAGAUAGAAUCUUUUCACACGGGUCUCAACAUUUACCUUCGACCGACGGCGUAUGCCAACUUUGAUCAAAUUGUGGGAAUCAGAUGUUUCUUAGGUGUAGGUGGGGAGAUAGAAAUUGUGGGAAGCAAUUUGCCAGAUAGCAUCCCCAACUUUAGGAAGACAGCCAGAAUUACUCCAAGCUCUGCCAACUGCUACAGAUUCCAGAUAACUGAUGCUGGUGACAAGGUAAUAUUUCAGGUGAGCUCUCUUCAUGACUGCAUCACACUGGAGAGUGUUAUUCAAACAGAGGAUAUGCACUUGACUCUCUCAGCUGACAUUCCCGAAAAGUUAUCAAGAGAACCGCAUCCAUUUAUUUUGCGUAUGGAGGAUAACAAUAGGGAAGGGGUUAUUGAUGAAUUGAGUGUUAAGCAUAAAAUGUAAAGUGAAGCUUCCAUUUUAAACUAUGAAAAAGUUUAUACUGUGACUAAUUGUAAUCUUUUAAUCAAUAUAGAAUACCUUUGAAGUGUGGAGUACUACAACAUUUCUUUUAUAUACUGUAUAAUAGUUUUAUAAAACAAGAUUUGCUGUCCUAUUAUGCCACUGUCAAAAUAAGCAAGAGUGUAUGAAAAAAGAAUGUAGAUGAUUCAUAUUCAAAUGUUUCAUAAAUAAAAGCAUUCCAUAUAAACAUUUUUCAUUAAUCAAGAUGUCUGAAUUUUGUUUUUUAUCAUCUGCACAAAUGGUACUCCCAUUCAUCAUUGAUAGAAAUAGUACUAAUCUGUCUACAGAUCUGAAGAUGCUGAAUAUGGUUUUAUUGCUUGUGAAUAUUGUCUUCAUGGUCUCACACCUUCUUACUACACAUUAAAGCUAUUAUUCUGAAAGCUGUCUAGAAAGAAUCACUAUUGCUUGUCUGUUGAUUGGGAUUAACGUUUUUUUCAUUUAUCAUUAUGCAGCAGAAAAGUCAUAUUGAACACCACGUUAGAAAACUUCAGCAGAUGAGCAUACACUUUUUUUCCAGCAAGUGUUCAGAAUUAUGAUACUAAGAAAAUUGUGUUGCACUGGGUCCAUAUGUAUUUGUGUGCAUGGCCACAUGCAUAUAUAUUGCAGAUCUAAUGUACAUUUCAGGAAAUGCAAAGAUUUGUUCCCAAUUUUGUUCACAAACUUAGAUUUAAGACCAAAGCUUAACCUUUGCAUGACUUGCAAAUUCGUGGAACAUAUUGGGUGCACAGGUUAAACUUUAGGAGCACUCUUUUUUUUUUUUCAGAUUUCAAGUAAUUUUAGUGUUCUUGAAAACAUACCUCCCAAGAACAAUUGAUGUGUUUCUGAUAUAGGUUUUUUUUAACUGUUAUCAAAAGAAAACAUACUGGUCUUUAAGUUUAAUAGUAUUUCUGCUUUUACUUUAUCUUUCUCAGCAAAUAUUUUAAGAGACUGCAUUCAUUGCUAAUUGUUAUCAUUGGUGGGUUAAAGAAGUCACUGGGCUGCAGUUUGUUGCAUGAAUCACUGAACAAACUAUAUUAAAGUUUAUCUAGCAUCCAAGGUGUCUGUAAAAUACAAAAUAAAAUUAAAUAGCAGAACAAAAAGUAAAUCUUCCAAUUUAUCAUAGAAGUUCACAAUUCUGCAAAACAAUUUGAAAUAAACUGAGGAUAUGUGACAAGAUGCUACUUGCUAAUGAGUGAAAAGGAAGGUUCAAAUGAUGGGAUAUCUGUGAACUGGGUAAAUGGUAUGUUAAGCAGCUUCUGAUGUAAAUAUAGACAUAAAAAUUGGGGAAUUCCAGGAUGCUGCUGACAAAGUGGAUGCUCAAAGUUAAUCUGACCCACAUGCUGGAUUUUUAACCAUUGUCUUAAAAAUCACAUGUAAUUAUUUGUGUAUUUUCUAUCAUUUUAUUUGUAAUGAACAUGUGAAAGUUUGUGUCCAUGUUAGAACUGUCUGAAUCUGGACCAGGAUCUUGCAUGCAUUGAGGUUGUGACUCAUUUCUUGGCUUUUGCAAAGGGCAGAUGCAUUUGUAUGAAUUAUAUUUUUAAAAACUGAUAAAUAAAAAAUCAAUUACA